GAGUGGGGCAGAGAUGGAGGGGGAGGCCCUGUUGGAGAGCUGGCCCCUGGCGGAGCGGAGACAGAGACAGGAAACCGAGGCGAGAGAGAUAACGAUAUUGCUGAAUCACCAUGUGGAGCAAAGGGCGAGCCGCUACAGCCGGAAAGUACAGGAGAGACCAUCGGCCAAUUAGGUGCACAGAUACAGAAGACCGAGGACGGCCUCAGCCUAUCAGAUAUACAGAUGGAGCGAACAGAAGAAGAAUUUGGCCAAUCUGAUCCGGAGAGGGGGAGAACUGAGGAACAUCGUAGACAACCGGAGCCAAAGAUGGAGAUUGCAGAGGAAUAUCUUGGCCAAUCAGAUUUGCUUGCACCGAGAAUAGAGGAAUGCCUCAGCCAAUCAGAUCCACUGAAGGAGAGUUCAGAGGUCUACCUCGGCCAAUCAGGGAGAAGGGAACAUGAUGCAGCAGCAGGAGUUACCGAUCCGGUGCAUAAUCCACCAUCUCUGCCAGUGCUCACUGUUGAUGAGGGGAAACCUGCAGAUGAGAUGGUGCAGACCAUGGAACACACAAAAUGGCAACAACUCCCUUUGCCUGGGUGUGACAUCACUUCCUGUCCUUCAGACACAGAAGCUGGUGGAGAAAAGGGGAUCCAUGGUGCAGAGGGCGGAGUCUGUGAUGUAAGUGCGGAGGCAGCCGAUGUGCUCUCAGGUUCCAUGGCUGAAGCAUUUCACCUGCCUGAAAACGUCAAGAUGUCAUUCAUACAGGAAGUGCAUCCCCUGGAAGAGGAAGAUGAGGGAAUGCGAUUAGCCAAUGAUGGGACCCUCUCAUCUGUGGGCUGUCAUUGGCCCUCAACUGGGCUCAGUGUGGACAGUGAUGUUUGGAGAGAGGAAGACAGAAGUGAAGAGAAAGCUGUGACAUCACUCAGCAUUGAGCACCACCCAGAGAUUUUGUCCAAUCAGGACACAGCAGACAGGGGGUCAGAACCCAAUCAGGAUGACCCGGAGGCCAAGCUGGUGUCAGAGGUCAUGGAGAUCUUUGGCACAGGAAAAACGGAAGGAAUUCAAGUUUACUCUGAUAGUCAGAUAGAAGGGACCACACUGGGGUCAGAAGUUAUCGAGAGAGACACAGGAGGAAUUGUUUUCCACUCAGAGAGCCAGAUAGAGGAGACCACACUGGGGUCACAGGUCACGGACACUGUUAUUGGUGGAAGCGAUGUCCAAUCAGACAGCUGCACAGACGACACCACACUGGGGUCACAGGUCACAGAGACUGUUAUUGGUGGAAGUGAUUUCCAAUCAGACAGCUGCACAGACGAGACCACACUGGGGUCAGAGGUCAUGGAGACAGUUACAGGUGGAAGUGAUGUCCAAUCAGACAGCCAGAUAGAGGAGACCACACUGCGGUCAGAGGUCACAGAGACAAGUACAAGUGGAAGUGAACUCCACUCAGACACCUCUUCAGAGGAGAUCACAGUGGGGUCAGAGGUCACAGACACGGAUACAGUUGAAAGUGAUGUCCACUCCGACAGCUGCAUGGAGGAGACCACAUCUGAGAAAGAGAUGUACACACAGGCACUUGAGAUUGCUGCAACCUCUGAUCUGGAAGUUGUUUCUUUGAACAACGUGAACUCUGGGAUCAUGGGCUGUCCCACUGAGGGGGACGAGCCUGCAUGGGACAUGACAGUCACAAUGAACCGUGAACCGCAGGAGGAGCUGGAAUGUGUGGUCAACAAACACACCACACCCCAGGUCAAGUCCCAAAACCACACUGCCUCCGAAUCAUCGUCUGAGACCACUAACCCAGACUGUUUCUGCACUGGGGGGGGUCAUGUUCCAUCCCUUGAUCCCACCCUGGAGCUGGGGAAGGAGAAGGAAGUGUGUGAGGAUGUAGAGGAGAGAAAGAAGAAGACUUCUGAAGAGACACACACUAUGCCAGCAACAGCAGCACCUUUUUGUCUCUGUACAGAGGACAUUUCCAUGGUGAACCAGGAGGACAGUCGGGAAGGGUCAUCCUCAGACCUUGGGGCAGAUGCCGGGGAUGAAGAGAUCCACAGAGAGAAUGACUCUUUCUGCCCCUCGCAGCUCUGUGCAGCCCUGCCUCAGGAGGAGAAGCAGAGCUCUGAGCCACCAGAAUCCUGCCCGCGCCUGACCCCUCUGAGCACGGGAAGCUCCUCGUCGGCUGCCAGGCGAGACUCGGGUAGCGGCGCCGAUGGAUUCUUCACCGCGGGCACAGGGGAGCACAGCGCAUUCCCCAAGCUGGAGGUAGAGUUGAUGACGGGGGACAGCACAAGCGAGGUGUCUGUUUCCUGCUCAUCCAAUGAGGACGCUGCGAGCCUGGGGCCUCCUGGCUCCGCCCCUGACUGCAGUGCGGGGGGAAGGAGGAGCUGGAGUUCUGAGGAGGUGCAGCGGCCGGGCACAGCAGGAGCCGGGGAGGAGGAGGAGAAGGACCGUUUGACGGAGGUGCCAGCUCGCUCCUCCCUCCUGCGCUGCCCCGCACGCUCCCCCUCCCCUUUCCGCCGACACAGCUGGGGCCCUGCGAAAACCCACGAGGGCGAGGCAGAGACCGGCCUGCGCAGCUCCCUUGGGAGUCUGGCGAAACGAAUCCCAACAUUUCAGCGGAGAAGUUAUAGCCUGGAGGGCCUGAACACAGACAGCGUGGGGAUGAAGGACUAUCUCAGACAGCGGGUGUUGGCCCCGGACCCUGGCCUCGCACCCCGCCCCAAGAGCAGGGAGAGAGGGUCUGUGGUCUCCUUGACCGAAGAGGAUCUGGGGUCGGACCUGGGGGAGCGCAGCAACAGCCUGGGCAGACAGAUAUCGGCAGUGUUCAGAUCCAAAAGGCGUCUCCAUGGCUCCAUGACUCUGCCCCUUACCAAGUCCGUGUCCUUGUUGGCCAUCAACCAGAGGGAUCUGGAUGGAAUGAGGUCUUUCUCCAGCGUCUCUGGCUCUUUGGCACAAAGCAUCUCAGAAGAGGCUCCAGGGCCCCUGAGGGCCGGUGAGGAGGGGAAGUCUGGCACCAAGGUGGGGCGCACCUUCAGCUACCUCAGGAGCAAGAUGUACAAGAAAACCAAGGAGAAAGAGAAGGAAAAGAACAGAGGUAAAGAAAAAGAGAAAGAGGUGAAAGAGAGAGACAAGCGAGUGCUGAACGGACAUCUUUUCAACGCCGCAAGCUCCGCCCCCUUCGUCCAGUGUCAACAGUGCCACAAAGUCAUCACAACCAAAGAGGCAUUCAACUGCACCAACUGCAACGCACACGUCCACAAACCCUGCAGGGCGGCGCUGCCUGUCUGCACCAAGACCAAGAUGAAGCUUCUGAAACAGCAGGUUGCUGUACCAGAUUCAAGCAUUUUGAGAAGCAAAUCCACAGUAUUGCCGGAGCGGCCGUGGGCGGUACGGACAGAGAAUGAAGGCGGCCCACGCAGACACAGCGGCAUCAGACCGUUCAGCAGCUCUAACCUGUCCAAGAGCAUCUCAAUCAGCAACAUCGCAGGCCCGGUGUUGGAGGAGAUCCCGUUGAAAGGCCUGCGCUACCUGUCCCAGUCCACGGACUCUCUCAACAAUACCAGCAAGGCCAACGAGUCCACCGAGUCCCUCACGGACGAAGGGACAGAGAUGAUGGACAGCCAGCUGAUGGGCGAGUUUGAGGCGGAGGCGAAGGAGCUGGAGGCCGAAUCAUGGACCUUCACCGUGGACAAGAAGUACCUGAAACCACUCCGCAAGGACUCCAUCAAGAGACAGGAUGUGAUCUAUGAGCUGAUGCAGACGGAGAUGCACCACGUGCGCACGCUGAGGAUGGUGUCGGAGGUGUACAGCAAGGGCCUCCUGAAGGAGGUGCAGCUGGAGGCGCAGACGGUGGAGCGGGUGUUCCCCGCGCUGGACGAGCUCCUGGAGAUCCACAGCGGCUUCCUGGCCAGUCUGCUGGACCGCCGGCGGGAGGCCCGGCUGGAGAGCGGAGACUCCGGAAACUUCCUCAUCCGAGAGAUCGGAGACGUCCUCGCAGCCCAGUUUUCGGGCAGCAGUGCCGAGCGCAUGAAGAAGGUCUACGGCAAAUUCUGCAGCUGCCACAAAGAGGCCCUGAGCUUCUACAAGGAGCUGCACGCCAAAGACAAGCGCUUCCAAGCCUUCGUCAAGAGGAAGAUGAGCUGCCCCGUGGUGCGGCGUCUGGGGAUCCCAGAGUGCAUUCUGCUGGUGACCCAGCGCAUCACCAAGUACCCCGUGCUGCUCCAGAGGCUGCUGCAGUACACCAAAGAGGGGGAAGAGGACUUUGCGGCGGUGACGCAGGCCCUGGGGCUGGUGCGGGAGGUGAUCGGGGCGGUGGACGGCCGGGUGAACGAGCAGGAGCAGAAGCAGAGGCUGCGGGAGGUGUACCGGCGCACGGACAGCAGGUCCGUCAUGCGCAUGCAGAGCGGGCUGAUGUUCGCCCGCGAGGACCUGCUGAGGGGCCGGAGGCUGCUCCACCACGGGGCCCUGCAGCUCAAGAGCUCCGCCGGCCGGCUGAAGGACGUGCAGGCUCUCCUGCUCUCCGAUGUCUUCGUCUUCCUGCAGGAGAAAGACCAGAAGUACGUCUUCGCCACGCUGGACCAGCGCUCCACGGUGCUCUCGCUCCAGAAGCUGAUCGUGCGGGAGGUGGCUAACGAGGAGCGGGGCCUGUUCCUCAUCGCGGCCGGGGUGGUGCCUGAGAUGGUGGAGGUGCACGCCUCCUCCAGGGAGGAGCGAAACACCUGGAUCCAGCUCAUCCAGAGGGCCGCCAGCUCCAUGGAGAAGGAUGAAGACGAGGGUAUCCCCAGCGAGUCUGAGGAAGACAAGAGGGUGCUGGAGACCAAGGCCAAGGAGAUGAGAGACCAGCUGCGCAGGAAGGAGCAGCAGAUCGCCGCCCUGCUGGAAGAGAAGCUGAAGGUCUUCCACGACACGGGGAGCGACAGCGGGCCCGGGGGCGGGGCUCUGUUCCGGGCCCUCGCCGAGGACACGCCCGCCGGGGAGCUGGCCAUGCAGGACGCUCUGAGAGAAGUGGAGAACAUGCAGACCCUGGUGAGCAGUGGCCUGGUGGGGGCAGUGGAGCCAGCGGGCAGUGCUGGGUCAGUGUGGGGCUCCUGCAGCAGUUUCGACAGGAACCCCAUCAACAACAUCUCCAAAAAUGGGGAGGGAGACUCACCGGACCUGCAGAGGACGGAGUCAGAUAGCGCAUUAAAAAAGGGGGUGAACACCAACCUCCUGCUGCUGCUGCAGAAGGACAGCGAGGUCCUUCACAGUGUGUGUCGCCUGCAUGAGCUGCUGAACUCACUGCAGGCGGUGGUGGUGCAGCAGGACUCCAUCCUGGAGGAGCAGCGGAAUGCGCUGAGCGAGCGACCCUCCUCCUCGCCCUCCUCCUCCUCUGUGUGGCGCUCCUCCUCCCUGGUGGAGCAGGAGAAGCAGCGCAGUCUGGAGAAGCAGAGGCAGGAGGCGGCCGAGCUGCAGCGGCAGCAGGAGGCGCACGCCGCGGAGCGCUGUCGGCGCGAGGGCGAGUGGGAGGCGCGGGAGCGUGACCUGGAGGGCAGGGAGGCGCGCCUCCUCCUGCUGGACGAGGAGACCCGGCACGGGCGCGGGGAGGUGCAGAGGGAGCAGCAGGAGCUGCGAUGCCUGAACGAGGAGUACCAGAGGGACCUGGAGCGGCUGAGGGAGGCGCAGAGAAGGCUGGAGCGUGACAGGGAGCAGGCCCAGCGGGAGCAGCAGGAGGGGCCGGCGGGGGAGAAAAGGAGUCGCAGGGCGCCCUCUAGCACCUCGGAGGACUCCCUGCGGAUCCCGAGCCCUGUGGAGCGCAGGCUCUCCUCCUCCCCCAUCAGGGACACUCUGCUGAGGAUGGGCUCCAUGCGCAAAGGGAAGACCCUCAACCCCUUCGCCUCGAACCCCAGCCACAAGGCCCCGGCUGGGGAGGGCCAGAGCCACAUACCCGGCCGGCUGCUGCAGCUGGCCAAGCCCAAGGAGCCCAAGGAGCCCAAGGAGCCCAAGGAGCCCAAGGAGAAGAAGGAGAAGAAGAAGAAGAAAAAGGAUAAGGGGCCGCUCCCGCAGCCUGCAGACUCCACACUGCUUCCAGGCCCAGAGCAGCCUGUGGAUGGGGAGAUCCUGCUCUGCUGACCUCACUCUGUCCUCCAACAUCCCACAAUUCUCCCAUCCCGCGAGAGCUGCUGCAGCUGUUUGCAGGACCGAGCAGAUGCAGCCUGACUGACUCCAGAUCUGUCAUUGGUCCAGGGAAGGCACCCCGUCCUGCAGACCGGUCUAUCUCUGCACUGACUCUGGGACGUGCCUUCCGGUUCUUCGUUGGCUCAAGGACACAAGAACUAUUACCGUUUAUAUCCAGAAUACUGUAUGUUUUCAACUUUAGGGUAACGUGAAAAGGUCAAGCAAAGAACAAAACAAGCUUUUUGCAUGGCCGUGUCAGCCUCAAACCUCUGUUUACGAUGGAGGACACUGUACCAUAUAUACAUGCACAUAUGGAGUAUAAGUGGAGUAUAAAGCACUUGAUUAUAGAUCUGUUUCAGUGGGUGAGCCGUUCGGUUGGUUCCCUCACGGUCUCACUCGUGUAACCAUGGCUUCACGCUCCUCAGUCCUCUCUGUUCCGCCCCUGAGAAGAGAUAGAAAUUCUCACCUCUCUUUUAUUUUCCACUAGCGGCUAAAAGCAGACGCAUACAGCUGCCGUGAUUGUGGCUAAAGGUCACCUAUUUUAGCCCAGCCGGUGGGAGGGAGCAGGGCAGAGAGAGGGGGUGAGUUCCACACACCUGUGGGCAGGACUGACAGACUGACACAGACUAACGGCGGCCGACUGGAGGCCAAUUUAUGCUCCGUCAACAAAGUGUCGCGCCACAUGUCCGCGGGCAGAAAUUGUUUUGACGUGAAGACGACACCUUUGAGCGUCGGCGACAGGCGUCCCGUCGGCAGGCAGCCGUGAUUGGUGCACUGAAACAAAACAGAAGGUUGCCGUGGCGAGUGUACUAGUUCACUAGUGGGCCGCUUUGUUUUUAUGAAUGAAGAUGUUUUGUUUAUGUAACCAGCUAGCGAAAUGGACGGGCUCGAGGAGAAGCUGGUUGCUAUAGUAACAAAGCGCACGGUCUCUGAGCUGUAAAUGCGGAACGUCGUCGGACAAAGUUCUGUCGGCGGACACUUUGUUGCGAGGCACUUUGUAGCGGAAGCAUAAAUUAGUUUUGAGACUGACUCAGACUGACUGACUGACUCAGAGACAAACUGGUAGAGACACAGAUUAGCACGGACGAGCACACACUGGUACAGACGGUGAGACUGAGGUGAACCGAUGCAGACAGAUGCCGGAAGCUGCCUGGAUCAAUGAGACAAUCGUGUGACAAUCAUGUGACUGACAAACACCAAUCCAGAUGCCGAUUGAGAAUGACCAAAGGACUCAGCGACAGACAGAUGGAGAGACAGACAGGUGAAGAGGGACCAGCGAUGGUUUAGAGAGCUGUUGGAUGUAGGAUGAAUCCUGUUGAAUCAGACCUGGUUUUAAAUAGUAUUUUUUUUGGAUUCAAAUACUUUUCUGCAUUUGGACUAACCUUCCCUGGUUUACUGGAACAAAUGAAAUGAUCCCAAAAGUGUAAGCCCCGCCCAUCUGCUCCACCUUGCAGGCUCAAAUGCACCCGGCAAGAUCAAUCGAGCGUAGAAAAGUAUUUAAAUCCAAAACUAGAUGAUGCUUUUAUCCAAAACAACUUACAGUUGAUUAGACUAUACAGAUAUCAGCAUACAAAACAUAUAUUUGAACCCAGGUCUGUGUUUGGAAGCUAUCUUGUCUUCUAAAUGUUUCUUGCCAAAAAUUAAAUUUCAAACAUACUCCUGCUAAAUUAUGAAGUUAGUGUAGAAAUAAGCUAAAUCCUUUAGUCACCUUCGUGCACAUCUUGGUCUUUUGAUACUGAGCACUUUAAAAGCAAGCAAUUGAUUUAUUCCAUUCAAAUUUUAAAUAUAUAUUAAUCGAACAACCAAUUUGUUUUGGUUUUGUUCAUUUUCAAACUUAUAACAUAUUUCUAAAUACAUUUUAAAUAACAUUAAUUUUAACUGCAUUUAUUAAAUAGUGAAGUCGGAUGGGAAAUAUGGUGCUCCUGUCUACUUGGGUCUAGUAGCUCCAGUCGUAAACUUUUGCUACUUGUUUGCUUCUAAAUCUCUCCACAAGAUGGAGCCAAAGCUCUUAAGUCGAUAUGGAUAUUGUCCACUUCAAUGGAAAGCUUUAUAAACUCAAAUUAAAUCAGAAAUUGAUUUUCAAAUCAAAAACUUAUUUUAUUGACUCUUUAGUCAGUAUAUUCUGCUUCAUCUCCAGACCCUGAUAAGUUGACCACCAAUCCCUCUUUGUAGAACAUUCUACGUCGGCUAAUUCUUACCCUGGUAACUACCUGCGGGGCAGGUAAAUUCUCACCUUACACAAGCAGCACUGUGUUCCUGCUUCAAAAAUGUAAGCACUUAUAAUAAAUGCUCCCUGAAAAUGCAAAUUCAGCGGACUAGUUUAAAAGUAACUGUAUCUCUCAUUGAAAGGCUGAUAACCUUUUUAUGCCGGCUGCUUUUUAUUGAUGAAUGAAUGGGUGGCUCCGCCUGCCCUCUUGGGUUUCCCUGAUUGGCAGACAUAAUGUAUGUUCUCCAUUCUCAUUCGAUGAUUUGGUUUGUAUGUGUCUGUCCGGGGAAUGUAUUUAUGCGCCUGUCUGUAAAAGCUAAUUUGGAUACUGUUUCAGUGGAGGCGUCUUUUGUUUUUAUUGAUAAGCAGAAUGGAGUUGUUGGUUGCGCUGCACUCUACCAACCAUAAGAGGGCGGUGUGGUUGCGUUUCUCACAUUUAGUUUAACUUUAACCGUGAAGGGAUGGGGUGGGAAGGGGGUGGAAAAUGAGAAAUCAAAGGCAGUCUGUAUUUUCCCUUCGGGGGGAAUAUUCUUUUGAUUUUCUUCCGAUCUUCAUCACCCAAAUGUCUCCAGAUCUAUAAAAAAUGCACAUAAUUCAAAAGCGCUUAUACAGGCAGAGAACGCGGCUGGGCUGACGCUCGGCACUGAAUGAAACGAAUGCAUUGGAAAAGCCAAGUGAUGCAUUUUUAUUGGUUCAUUAUCAAAAUUAAAUACAUUCCCUUGACCUUAAUAAAUUUGGUCCCCUUUCUGAAAUAGUCUAGCGUACGGUGACCCCUCUAUACACCGUUGGGCCGCCUCUCCAGCGAAAAGCCGCGGAGCGAAUGAGAAGAUUAAUCCUCGAGCCCAUCGGAAGUGCGAGAAGCCGGUUAUGGACUAUUAUGGAACCUUUUUAACAAAUGCUAUUUCGAGGGGAAAUGGGAGAGGCCCUUACAUAUUCUUACACUGUUGAUGAAAUGCACUCAAUUGUAGGCUAAACCCUGGUGCCUUUUGAAAGUCAUUUAUACCUCUUCUCUCAAAGAAUACAUUUAUUUCAAAGGUUGUACUUAACGUACAGUUUUAUUUUCUUUUAGAAUUGUGUGUAAAAAGGGAAAAUCAACUUCUGUAAAUAGCAUUCACUUAAAAACUGAACUGUAAAA